CUAUAUAAGGGCUUAAUAGAGCCGUAAUAAGUAUCAGUUCUAUUUUUGAAACGACUCAACACAGACCUUUGGAACUUCUAUUAAAAACUAAUUUAGAAAAAAAAAAAAAUGUUCAAAUUGGUGGUGUUGUUUUGCGCUCUCGCUGCUGUAGCUAAUGCUCGUCCUAGUCUGCCGUUAUCAUCAGCUUUGGUUUACACGGCACCCGCUGCUGCUACUGUUACCGUACAUGAGCCGGCCUUGGCUCAUGUAGGUUCAGUGGUAAAGACUUACCCUACUGCAGUUUCACAUCAAAGUCAUUCCGUGGUCCAUAAUAGUGCUCAUCUUGUUCAGGAUGUCGUGGCUCCAGUUGUUAAGACCACCUAUACUACAGCGCCGGUCUUGAAAUCUAUAUCAACUUAUGCUCAUACACCAGUUGUUUAUAAUUCAUGGUAAAAUAAUGUGAUGCCGUAAAUGCCAUAAAAAGAAUUUUUCUGAAUUGUAUUCGCGCUAUGAAUCCAGUUUUGUUUUAUAUACUUGGAAUGCAAAGUUAAUAAAAAUAUGUAAAAAGCAAAAAAAAAAAAAAAA